GUCGCUCAGGGAGAUGAUCGCUCCAGGCUGCUUGGUGAUGCUCACACCCAUYAUUGCGGGUUACCUGUUCGGCGUGUACACGCUAGCAGGUGUUCUUGCGGGCGCCCUGGUUUCCGGAGUGCAGAUGGCCAUCUCCGCCUCCAACACCGGCGGAGCGUGGGACAACGCGAAGAAGUUCAUCGAGGCAGGCAACACGGAGCAGUCACGCGCGCUCGGGCCGAAGGGCUCCGCAUGCCACAAGGCAGCCGUCAUCGGAGACACCGUGGGCGAUCCCCUCAAGGACACGUCGGGCCCAUCUCUCAACAUCCUCAUCAAGCUCAUGGCAGUCGAGUCUCUUGUCUUCGCACCAUUCUUUAAGGAGCAUGGCGGCAUUCUUUUCGGUGGCAACAGUUAGAGCGGUGUUAAUCACCCUGGAGAUUUUUGCUGUUUUGGAGCGUGUCUGCUUUUAGCGAUUUCGGGCUAGGGCACGGAAUCGGCCAGGCAAUCAAAAUACUCUCUUUCCCCGACUUCCUGCCCCCUGGUUACAUUGUAAUCGCUGGCGACGUAACGAAGUUUGGAGGUUGUUAACGUCCUCAACGACGCUCCAAUAUAGUCGGUGCAGGGAAAGGAAUGGCUUUUUUCUCCCCCGAUUUUGAGGAGAUACUAGCCGGCCCAGGUGGAAGGAAAUCUGUUAGCUUAUAAGUUUGUGGCAUUUUUAUUCGUUGACUCACUCGUGCUAUUUGUAGAGUCUCUCUCUCUCGGAGUAGUACCGCCUUUGAAACGUCGUGGUCUGCGUUUAUUGAUUAGUUCCUUGAUCGCUUGCCAUAAGAACAACGGAACAGCAGCGUGCACUGCGGCACAUUUUCAAUG